UGAGAAGAGUGAGGAGAGAGAAAGAGUAAGAGUAAGAGAUAAUACCCAGAAAAACCCAAACCCAAAAAUAAGAGAGUUGUCAAAAUCGAGUGGCGAACAAGGGUUGCAGCCUCACCAGCAGCAACAACAGCAGCUGUUUUCAAGGCUCUUUAACUACAAAGAUUCAAACUCAAUUCAUUUUGUUUUUCUUUCAUCAGAUCAAAGAAUACACAGGUUUUAAUCUCUGAAUUUUGGUGGAAUUUCUGAAAUUAUAGAAUGAAUCCAUAUGAAUUGGUGUACUUCGUCAUCGACCUUCGUAAAGGUAAAGGUUUUGGGUAAUCCUUAGCAGGCUGCUGUUUUCUUUUCUUUUUCUUCUCGGAGUUCGAUUUCUGUAUUUUUAUGUUAGUUAUCCCCCAUAUUCAUAAAGAAUGAGCUUUUCCAAUCAAGUGUCUUCUCCAACCACUCAAACCAAGCUCAGUAUAGCAGCAAGGGGAACCUCUCUCAAUCCAAAUGCUGCUGAAUUUGUUCCCUUCUCCCUUAGAACGCCUUCCGGGACUACUAGCAAUGUCGAUGUAGCUACGAAAUUUCCUGCUUCUGGAUCGUCUGGAAAACAGGUACUGGAUCGAUCAGAGUCCUCAAUUUCAACUAAUUCUGAUGAAGAGGCCCGUCAGUAUUGGCAGCAGCAACUACCUGAUGACAUCACUCCAGACUUUAACGUCAUUGGAGAGGACGAACACCAUGGAGUUGGUAGCCUUUCACUUGCAGGCUUAUCAUUACAUGGUGCUAGUGCUUAUAAAAUGAAUGAGGCUCUCGAGUUAGCUGCUCAUCAUACAAAUGGGGUUGCGCUUAGUGAUAAGAUGGGGUACCCAACUUCUGUCUACGGAGAAGAUCCGUCAUCAACAAGUUAUAUUCAGAGAACCAGCAAGCCUUGGGAAAUGCAACUUCUCAGUGCUGACCAUCAUUUUGGGAAUGGCAGGGAUGGGAACUCUUUUGAUGAAAUUACAAGAGGACGAAUUCCUAAUGAUAUGGCAACUGAAGCUGCCUUAAUAGAAAACAAUGAUAUAAAUCCUGUUGAGUUCCUGGCUUCACAAUUUCCAGGUUUUGCUGCUGAAAGCUUGGCUGAUGUAUAUUUUGCCAAUGGAUGUGACCUGAAUCUGACAGUUGACAUGCUAAAUCAGCUUGAGCUUCAAGUUGAUGGAGCUUUUAAUCAAAAUAUGAAUUCGAAGACCUUAUCAACUCCGAAUCUGACAUCAAUGGAUUUCCCUGCACUUCCUGUUCCAGACAAGACCAACCUGCGGAAAUACACUGGAGAUGAACUCCAGCAAAAUGUUAAUUCUUAUGGAUCCUCCGAGAAAGACAAUAUGCUUUUGUUUAGAUCCAGUUCUUCCGUAAGUGCUAAAAGUGCCACUGAUUUUGCUUCAGCUGUUCGUAAGUUGUCAUCCCAGGAUUCGUGCUUGUGGAAGUAUGAUAGAAGUGGUUCAGCUGAUGUCGCCGUUGGUUCAAGUAGAAAUUCUCAUGCCCUUUCGGGCUCUUACCAUGCUGGUGCUGGAAGAAGUGCCUAUAGUGAUAGGAUGCAGGGGCGUAGCUCUGCUCGAGCUGCUCCUGUUUGGCUUGAGACUGGAGAUGCAGUUGGCAACUUAUAUUCUGAAGUCCGUGGUGAAGCUCGUGAUCAUGCACGUGUACGAAAUGUGUAUUUCGAACAGGCUCGCCAGGCUUACAUAGUGGGCAACAAAGCGUUAGCCAAGGAAUUGAGUAUGAAAGGACAGGUGCACAACAUGCAGAUGAAAGCAGCUCAUAACAAAGCUCAAGAAUCCAUAUAUCGUCAGAGAAACCCAAUUAGUCCAGACCAGCAGGGUGGUGGAAGAUACCAGGAAAAGAUGAUAGACCUGCAUGGACUCCAUGUGAGUGAAGCUAUCCAUGUGCUGAAGCAGGAGUUGAGUGUGUUGAGGAAUGCAGCAAGGUUGGCUGAACAGAGGUUACAUGUUUAUAUUUGUGUUGGGACAGGACACCAUACACGAGGUACUCGCACUCCUGCCAGGCUUCCCGUUGCUGUCCAGCGCUACCUGCUUGAAGAGGAGGGUCUAGAGUACAGUGAGCCGCAGCAAGGGCUGCUUCGUAUUGUGCUAUACUGAUGAAUUAGGGUAAAAAACUUGUGUAUGAUUAGGAUUUUUGUUGUUGACACACAAGAAGUCAUCCAUCACUCUUUUAAAUCAUCAUUUUUGUGCAUCUGUACAUGGGAAGAAGAUUUAGUGCAUAUUCAGGAGAAAAACGAAGGGAAAAAAAAAGAGGAGAGGACUAAACCAUAAGAAGGAAUGAAAAAUGUUGAUAGUUAAAGAUGGAGGCAGACAUGUAUUAUUUUGGUUUUGUAGCAGCAACACAUUUUGGAACACCACACUGCCUCCUUGCCGGCCGCAAAAAGAAGUGCUCCAAUCUUAGUUUGAUUUCUGUAUCUUAAACUUCUUGCCUUUGGCAGACUCCUCUCCCCAGUAGGUCUCUCACAUGUAUCCAAUAGAACUCAAUUCAAAUUAGUUACAAUAUUACAAUUGUUAUAGUAUAUGCCCA